AUGGCGUCUCUUUCUCUAUCUGAAGAAAUGCGAUUGAAAGUUGAACUUUUUUUGGUUGAGUUUCUAUCGGUUGAAUCAGAUUUUGGGAUUCUGGAGUUCAUGUUCUGCUCCUGCGAAUUGAUCGCGAUUCGAUUCGCUAAAAUUGCUGCGAUCGAUCUGGCAGCAGCAUCGGCAGGAGGAGAAGACGACUACUGCCCCUCGUCUUCCUCCUCCGCGUUGCUGUCGUCCCCCAAGAAUGCCCGGGUCAAGUUCCUCUGCAGCUUCGGCGGGAAGAUCCUCCCCCGCCCAUCCGAUGGCCGCCUCAAGUACGUCGGCGGCGACACCCGCGUUCUCGUCGUCACCCGCGCCGUCUCCUUCUCAGAGCUCAGGGAGAGGGUCCAGGCGAUGUUCCGGCGGUGCAAGGUGAUCAAGUACCAACUGGUGUCGGAGGACCUCGACAUUCUCGUCACCGUCGCCGGCGACGAGGACCUCGCGCACAUGCUCGACGAGUACGACCGCGUCGAUGCGCUCCACCCUCGGUCUCCAUCCGCCGUCUCCUCUCCCCGCUUCCGCCUCUUCCUCUUCCCCUCCCCCUCCCCUUCCUCUGCCUCCGACACGGCUUCCGCCGCGACCCUCGGCCAGCGCUACGUCGACACCAUCAACGCGGUCAUGCCCGGCAGUCCCCCGAUCUUCAGCAUCUCCAACGCCUCCUCCGGCGCGAACUCCCCCACCUCCACAACCGAAUGCUCGAGCGCCUUCUUCGCCUCGCGCCCCGUCGCCCUCGGAGGCGGAGGGAUGCACCGCGUCCGGAGCUCGCCGGACCUCGCCGGCGGAUGUUCCAUGAACCAGACGGGGGGUGCCGGCCUACAGCAUCACCAAAGCCUCCGCCACCAUCACCAUCUCCACCACCCUGCGCAGCACCAUCACUUACCCCACCGGCAACCGACCCCUGCUCUGCAGCCCCACGUCGCCGGCGGAGGUGGCGGCUGGAGGCCGGGCCCAGCCCCGCGACACGAAGCGUCCGGGUGCUUCUUGCCGCGUGGCGGCCUCCACUACUGAGGCGGCGGAAGCGUGACCCUCAGGAGCGCCGGCGAGGAGUCACACUCCGGCCGCGCGUCGAGGAGCACCUCGCCGUUCCGCACCGGGCCGCGGGAGCCAGUCAUCUGGGAAUAGCCCCCAGGGUCGUCACGAUUCGUGCAAGCGAUCGCACCGCUUAUUUAACUCUUGCGAACCGACGGCGGUGAUUAAUUCGUA